AUGGCUUUGAGAUCCCCAAUUCGUUCAUCUUCAAUCUCUCAAAACCCAUCUCUGAGAGCUAAUAUUUCAUCUUUGUUAGCUCACUUACACAACCUCACAACUUCAAGCUCCAAAAAUGAAGUUCUAUAUUCUUUGGAAAAACCCCUUGAACAAUCCUCACUCGCUAAAUUCGUCAAAGAAAUUUGUCGAUCAGUAGCUAAGAAGAAGCGUUAUUAUGAAGUGAUUUUGCUUUAUAAGUUGUUGGAUUCAACUGGGUUGUCUCCAGAUUUGAUGUCUUUGAACAUUUUGAUAAAUUCCUUGUGUCUGUGUGUAGAGCAAAAGAUUAUGGAGUCGAUGGAAUUGAUGACGAAAAUGGGUGCUGUUGGUUAUAGGCCUACUGUGGUCACUUGCAACACAUUGAUCGAUGGAUUAUGUAAAACAGGGAAGAUAAGUGUUGCCAUUAAGUUGCUUAAAGAAAUGGCUAAGGGGAAUGAAGAAUUUGGUGUUUUUUGUAGGCCAGAUGUUGUUACUUAUAGUACCAUAAUUGAUGGUCUUUGUAAGGCUGGAUUAAUUGAGAAGGCGAGAGGAUUGUAUUUGGAAAUGAAGGGUUUGGGAAUUAGUCCAGACGUUUAUACUUACAACAUUUUAGUGAAUGGUUAUUGCUUGGUAGAGAGAAUUGGUUGUGCAAGGGAGUUGUUUGAUUCUCUAACUAGAAAGGGAUAUAGACCUAAUGUUAUUUGCUACAAUCCUUUAAUCCAUUGGUAUUGCAAGAGUAAAGAAGUAAAAAAAGCUCUUUAUCUUUAUCGAAAAAUGAUUUUUGAAGGAAUUGGGCCUGAUGUGAUUAUGUAUAACACCUUGUUAAUUGGUCUUUUUCUUAAAGCUAAGUCCGUUUGGAGCAAUAUUGUGGGUGUGCAGAAAAUUGUCUAUUGUGCAAGAGCACUGUUAGUAUCAUACAAAAAGAUUAUUAUAGUUGCUCUUCAGUGGUCAGUUGUUGCCUCUCGAAUACGCAUUAAACAAUCUCCCAUUACGUACAAUGACAGGGGGUACGGAAGUGGACCAGAGGUAUUGGGUCAGGCAGUAUUAUUCGCUGAACGGGAUUAUGACCUUGGAGCGGGUAAUGAUAUGCUAACCUCUCUAAAACGCUUCUAUAACGGUCUAAUUCGAGUGCAGGGUGCAAAUUACUCAAAGGUUGAUGCUCCCAGUGAUUCAGUAGUUAGGAAACAAGUAAGUACAAACGAACAUGGAAAGAGGAGUGAAUGUAGUUCAACUGUAAAUUGA